UGCUACUUCCAGAUUGGUCGCACACCAUUACACUUUGCAGCAUUGCGUGGACAUGUUUCCGUAGCAGAAUAUCUACUUAAUUCUGGACAUUCGUUGGAGCCAAAGGCUGAUGAUGGUGACACACCAUUACAUCGUGCAGCAUAUAAUGGUCAUGUUUCCACAGUGGAUUAUCUUCUCACUUCUGGACAUUCGUUGGAACCAAGGAAUAAUGAUGGUGACACACCAUUACAUCGUGCAGCAUAUAAUGGUCAUGUUUCCACAGUGGAAUAUCUUCUCACUUCUGGACAUUCGUUGGAACCAAGGAAUAAUGCUCAAGAAACACCAUUGCACGAAGCCUGUGAAUACGGCAAGCCGGAGGUUAUAGAAUUUCUGCUUCGAACGGGUUCAGAUCUUCUUGCCUUGUCAAAUGACAACAGGACAUGUCUGGACAGUGCAGUAGAAAGUCCAAAUGACCGGAGAGCUCAGCCUGCGGCUAGACUAAGGGCAAUUAUCCGCUAUCUUGAGAGCAAGUACCCAGAGGAGCAGAAGAAGGUAAUGGAAAUUGUUCGACAUGCCACUGACAAGGAGACUGCUAACCCUCACAACCGUCGUUUUCUUCAGACUUACCUUCAGCUGGAGGAAUUUUAUUCCGAAGGCCAAGUGGACGCUAAUACUCUAGUUGUUCUAGUUAGCGGGGAACAACUUGUUGGGAAGUCGACACUGAUCAAGACAUUGAGAGAAGAAGGGAACAACGGCACAUCAAACGACUCGAAACGAACCCGAGGCAUCCAGAUGUCCAACUUCACUGAUAAUCUUGGUCAGCAUUUGCGUAUCAAAGAUCUCGCUGGGCAGGACGCGUUUUCAGCGACACACGACAUUUUCUGCCUAUCCACAUCAGUACCAAGCCUCGGUCUUGCUGUUGUCAAUAGUAAAUGGGACGAGAAACUGAUUACAACAAGCAUAACCACCACAGUUGGUCGAUUUUUGAGCCGGAGGCCACCAUCGGUAACAUCAGACCAGCCGUUCACUGUCAUGAUCAUUGCGACCUUCCGCGACGAGAUCAAGAGAGAGGAUCAUGAAAAACUUGCUGCAAAGCUUAACACAAGUUGUCGUAGUGUCAAGGAGGAGUUUGGUGAUAAACUCCGCUUUCGAGGACGCUUUGCUAUCAAUGCCACCGUCAAUGACGCAAGCUUCGAAAGCCUGAGAGAAAGACUUUCUGAGGUUUGCAAAGAUAUCCUGAGCAAAUCUUCCAAGCAACCCAAAGUGCUCGGGCAGGCAGAGGAAGUACUGGCACAACUGCAUGACAACAUCCGAGAGCCAUUCUCAACAAGUCGGGAGUUCUCUCGACAGCUUUGUGCUGCUAGCAACGUAGAGUAUGAUGACGAUGAAGAUAGCAUCAACACCGCACAAAUCCGUCGAUAUCGCAAGAUCCUCAAUGCGUAUGGUCUGAUUGUUUCUUUCUCAUCCCCUGAGCUGGACGACAUCAUUGUUAACCGACCCAACUGGUUGCUCUCCAAGGUCAUUGGUCUCAUCUUCGCACCACCUGGGCUUGAUGAUGAAGAUAUGCUCCACUUCAAGGAUGGUGUUGCAAUGUUCCAAGAAGUCCUGGACAAGCUCAACAGCUGCGAGGGAGCAAAAGGUCAGGGCCGUCUGCUGCUGCAGAUGGUAAUACAACUAGGUGUGUUGCUGCAGGAGAAAGAAAGGAUCCUGGCACCCAGCCGUCUUCCGACCGCUGACAACUGCCUCGGCUCACUGGCCAAGAAAGAUUCAUCAUCUCGGUCGGCGUGCGCAGGAGUCUCUUUCACGACUCAGCACUGCUUCUCCACUGCUCUUGUUAUCCGGCUACAGACAGAGCUGUACGCCUAUUUCCACGAGCUUCACGGCAUUCCUGCUGAGCUCUGGAAGAAUCUGGUGGUAGUGGCUCCAGUCCAUUCUACAGCCCGUGGUUGCAUCUCCGUCACGGACAGCCUGCGCCAAGCUGUCGCUGUUGUCCAUGCGCCCGUUGAAGAUUCGCUAGAUGGCUAUUGUCUGCUGGCUCUGUUGCGCAAGGUGUUUGGUGACCUUGCAGCACAGUAUAGCCCGGGCACUAGCUACUCCACAAGGAUCAUCAGCUCUGCUUCGAUUCGUCAGCACCUCCACGAGCCAAGCGACAAGUUUGAUUUCGCUGUGUACAAUGCAGAGCAAGUCCGAUCAUCCGUAGCAACAAAGGGUCAUCUCUCCACUAGCCAACGUUACGUUGAUCGUGCCCCGCUUCUUCUCGAAUGGCCGGUCAACCAUGCUUCACUGCUCUCUGCAAAGUCCUUUGAGUCCAUCCGAGAAAGCCUUGGUGAGUCCGACCUGCCUGCACUAGCCACCUGCCUGGGCCUUACAUCACCAUCUUCAUCACGUGAGCACAGUAAUCAUCUACACACUGCAGCAGCAUUGGUCCACAGCUGGGCAGUUACCGACUACCAUCACACCUCGACCAAGCUUCACCAGCUGCUACUGAAAUCACCGAACGCCAAGCGCUUUGCAAAGAUCUGCAAGGUGCUACGGCAGCAUGAAGAACUGCUGGCGACCGAUUUCCCAGACAUAUUCCGGAAGCGUCAGGUGCAAGCCGUCCAGCCGGUCUCUGACGGAGCUAUUUCCUCCACUGUUCAAUCAGACUCCGCGGAGAGCGUUCCUUCUGGCAGCCAGUCACACUCUGAUCAAGCCAGUCAGUCCACUGCUGCUCGGCAAGAUGAUGCUGGCCAUGCUGAGCAUCACGCUGCUGAUGGCAGCUGUGGAAUUUUCCUAUCCACUUCACCACUCCAUGCCAUGUGGUCAACGGACGAACGCAUUGCAAACCUGUACAAGGAGGAUGAAGCGGAGCUCUCUGAACAAACAGACUCGGCAGAGAGCGUUCCUUCGAACAGCCAGUCACACUCUGAUCAAGCCAGUCAGUCCACUGCCGCUCGGCAAGAUGAUGCUGGCCAUGCUGAGCGCCAAGCUGCUCAUGAAACCUGUUGUAUUGUCCUACCCACUUCACCACUCCAUGCCAUGCGGUCAACAGACGAACGCAUUGCAAACCUGCAUGAGGAGGAUGAAGCGGAGCUCUCUGAACAAACAGAGACGUUCUUGAAGAACCCAUUCAAGCAUGCCAUCUUCAUUGAUGAUAUCCACAUCUGGCUGCAAUCACUAGGUGCUGCUGGCCUACGUCACAAAGCUCAGAGUCAUGGCUUCUUUACGGAUCUUGCUCAGAUCAACAGGCUUAUGAUCACGGAGAAGUACCACGGUGGCGAAGCCCACAACUGUGAGCUGCUGGAUAUAAUCAUGGCACAGGAGCGUGAUGGCUACAUCAAGCUGUGCAAGAUCGUCAAGGGUUAUGGACAGUACACAACACGGCUUGAGCAGAUGAACAGUUUGCUGAAGAAGAGUGAUCGAGUCUAAUCAGGUUACAUGUGUCUACACUCUCCAACCAGGUCAUCGUUGCCAUGGUCACUGAGGCCAGAGUCGGAACAGUGUCUGAUGUUUUCCAUUAUCAAUCAGUAGUCAUGCUGGCUAGAAAUUGGCCAUUGUGGCAAUUUGUUGUUUACUACUUCAUUUGCAUAUGCCAUGCAUAUAUGCAUACAAAUCCUUCACUUGUUUGCCUCAGUAUUGAAGAGCACUAUGGAUUUUUGUUUGUGUUCACUAUGGCCUUCACUCGUCUUUUUGUUUUAUGAAUGUAUGUAUGUGUGUGAGUGUUCGUGUGUGUAGUAUGUGUGUGUUUGUGUUUGUGUGUGUGUGUGUGUGUGUGUGUGUGUGUGUGUGUGUGUGUGUGUGUGUGUGUGUGUGUGAGUGUGUGUGUGUGUGUGUGUGUGUGUGUGUGUGUGUGUGUGUGUGUGUGUGUGUGUGUGUGUGUGUGUGUGUUGUGUGUGUGUGUGUGUGUGUGUGUGUGUGUGUGUGUGUGUGUGUGUGUGUGUGUGUGCUCUUCUUCGUCAUCAAUGUUGUCCAUGUGUGGUUUUGCCCUGGAGUUCCCGUUCGGUUUGCUUUUAGUACUACAACGGAACAGAAUACACUGUCAUGGUUGUUUGCAUGUUGAACAGUUCGACUUGUUUUUAUCCAUCAUUUCUGAUCACAACAUGCUUUGUGCAUUUCACUGCAGCUUCACUUGCUAGUCUUCGUCAUUACCUCAUGGAAAUAUGUAUGUGUGCGUGUGUGCAUUGCGAUGUCACUUGUUUUUUUACUUUUAUUUUUUACAUGACACAAUUAUCAUGUUUGUGAACUACAGCACUGCAGUGUCGCUUGUUAUUUUUCUCAUCACUAAAGCACAGAAUUUGUUUGUGUAACUCACAGUUUCCCUCUUUUUUACCCAUCAUUCCAGACCCCAGUGAGCUUUUUGUCAUUGUUAUUCCCUUGCUAGCCUACAUCACUACCGACCUGCAAUAUGAUUGCAUGGGUUUGUGUGCAGUGAUGUCUUCAUUUGUUUUCUGUGGCAGUUACACAACAUGUGUUUGUGUACACUGCUGUUUCGCUUGUAUCAUUUCUUAUCACUACAGCACAGAAUACGUGUGUGGGUGGGUGUGUGGACUGAUCAUGCACUUCAUUACUUUUAUCCAUGAUGUGAGAUCACAGUGUGGUCUUUGUGCCGCUCAUCACUGUUUUCAUUGCUGUUUUCGUUGCUUUUUCAUUGCCAGCUGUUUUCGUUGCUGUUGUGUUGCCAGCUGUUUUCGCUGCCGUUGCCUUUCGCUUGCUAUUCUACAUGGUUGGAGUCGGCAAUGUAUUUUCAUGCUCUGCUGUUUUCUUACUUUGUUUUCUGUGGCUGUAAGGAACACACUUUGUCGGAACAUCAAUUUGCUUUGCAGGCCUUCUUUUUUAAUUACAGCACAGAAUGUGUGUGUGUGUGUCUGCACUGAUCUUGCACUUGUUUUCCUUAUCAUUGCACAACAUGAUGCGUUUACACUUUGCCAAGGUUUACACCAUGUACCACUGCUGCAAUUGCCUUGCCGGAUCAUUACGUCAUUACGUCAUUACGUCAUUACGGUACACAACUUGUUAGUGUACGGUGCACUGCACUUUCUCUAUUUUCAUCAUCAUUAUUCGGAAGUCUUGUUUUUGUUAUCCAUACGGAGACCCGA